AUGGCUCGUACCAAGCAGACGGCUCGCAAGUCCACCGGCGGCAAAGCUCCACGGAAGCAACUUGCCACAAAGGCUGCUCGCAAGUCUGCUCCGGCCACCGGAGGUGUGAAGAAACCCCAUCGUUUCCGUCCAGGCACGGUGGCUCUCCGUGAGAUCAGAAAGUACCAGAAGAGCACAGAGCUUCUCAUCCGGAAAUUGCCGUUUCAGAGGCUUGUUCGUGAGAUUGCUCAGGAUUUCAAGACCGAUUUGAGGUUUCAAAGCUCUGCAGUCGCGGCUCUUCAAGAGGCUGCCGAGGCAUACUUGGUGGGUUUGUUUGAGGAUACGAACCUGUGUGCGAUUCAUGCGAAGAGGGUUACGAUUAUGCCCAAGGACAUUCAACUUGCUAGGAGAAUUAGGGGCGAGAGGGCUUGA